AUGAAGAACAUCAACGCUCUCCUAGCGCUGCCCGCAGCUCUGCUCAGUGCAGUUGCAGUGCAGGCUCAAGAGCUACAAUGGCCAUACAACCUCCCACGAACGGCCAAAUACUACCCGAAGGACGAGGCGCAUGUGAAGCGGGAACUCGCAGCUCAAGAGCGAUUGGCGUGGCGGGCUCCGGCAGGUGUGAGGAAGAUGGGCGAAGAUGAAGGGGAGAAGUUCUGGAUGGGUUACUGGGACCUACGGAUAACAGACGAUCGACCGGAAACAACUCGCGACGAGCCUCUGGGAGACGAGAGUGGGAAUGCCACGAUAAUACCUGCAUUGCUCCCGGCAGUUGCGCAACAUCUCGAGAGAUACGAGAGAUAUGACUACGGCCACUUACGGCGCAUGAUCUUCGAGCGCGACUUUCAGUGCCCUGGAGGGACCUACUCUUGCGACUCCAUCGGCGAGGACGAUCUUUGCUGCAACAAUGGAGACACCUGUGUCUCGACAUCCGAUGGCAUAGGCUGCUGCCCAUCCGGCGCAUAUUGCGGGGAGGAAGUGUCGGACUGCGACACGAAUGCCGGAUAUACCUCAUGCCCUCACAGCCCAAAUGGCGGCUGCUGUAUCCCUGGCGCCGCCUGCGAGGGGACAGGACCGUGA